UUGAUUGGGUUAAAAUUCCCGAAAGAAAGAAAAGACAAACAGCAGAAAUGGAGGUUGAGGAAUUUAUAAAGGCGCCGACCUUGGAGGCAUUAGAGGAUGCCAGGAAAUCGGAAUUGUUAGCUGUGGCCAAACGGUUGAAUCUUUCUAAGGUGAAGUCGACAAUGAGGAGAGAGGAGAUACACAGAGCUAUUGUAGAGCACUAUGUAUCUAAAGGUGUGUUUCCCCAAGGUGAGCUGGGGGAGGUGUCUAUUGGAAAACCUGCUGGAGACGCGGUACAGGUACAGCUUGAAAAACUGAGACUCGAGCACGAGUUCCGGGUACGGCAGUUAGAAAGGCAGGAGAAAGAGAGAGAGUUAGAAAGGCAGGAGAAAGAGAGAGAGUUAGAAAGGCAGGAGAAAGAGAGAGAGUUAGAAAGGCAGGAGAAAGAGAGAGAGGUAGAAAGGCAGGAGAGGGACAGACAGUUGGAGAGAGAAGAGAGAGAGAGGGACAGACAGUUGGAGAGAGAGGAGAAACAGAGGGAAAGGGAAUUUGAGCUGGAAAAGUUAAGGAUAAGGGCCGAGCAGGGGCUCGUGCCGAACCAAGGUGGAGGGUUCCGGGCGACCCAGGAGGUUAGGCUGGUUCCCCCAUUUGACGAUACCGAUGUGGAUCGGUACUUUCUCCACUUCGAAAAAGUAGCUAUAAGUCAGGAAUGGCCGAGGGAUAAGUGGGUUGUCUUACUUCAGAGUGUACUGAAAGGGAAAGCCCAACAAGCUUACUCCGCUUUAUCCCCGGAAGAUGCCCAGAAGUAUGAGGUGGUGAAGGAGGCCAUCCUCAGGACUUAUGAGUUGGUCCCGGAGGCAUACCGGCAGAGGUUCCGGAAUGCGAGGAAGCGGUGGGACCGCACGUAUUUGGAGUUUGCUUGUGAGAUGCAAACAUAUUGUGAGCGUUGGUGCGCCUCGAAAGGGGUAGAGGGGGAUUACGACAGACUGCUGCAACUGGUUCUGAUUGAGCAGUUUAAAGGUUGUGUCCCUGAGGGUAUGAGACCCUACCUCGAUGAGAAAGAGGCAGCCACGUUAGCCGCAACUGCUAAGUUAGCGGAUGAGUAUGCGUUGACGCAUAAAAUGAAGUUUGCCCCGAGUAAAGGCUACCAGAAGGGUAGUCAGGACGGCGGGGGGAGUCCACCGGAAAAGUCAGAAAGUAAGCCGGGGACUAGUGAAAAGGAUAAGGUAGACCGGGAGCAGUCUGGUAGGAAGUCUCCUGGGGUCGUCUGUUAUAAUUGUGGGAAAGUCGGACACUUUGCGUCCAGGUGCUUUGCCCCAAGGAAGGAGACGGGGAAAGGAAAAGCGGAAAUUUUGAAUGGCUGUAUUGAGCUGUUAAGCGAACCGCUAGGGAAGGACAGGUCUGAACAAGUCCAGGAAGGGCGCGAGAGGUUUAUCUCGGCCGGACUGGUGUCAGUGAAGGAGAGGUUAAAACCAGUUCCAGUGCGGAUCUGGAGAGACACGGGAGCGUGUCAGUCACUAAUACUGAAGAGUGUAUUAGAGUUUAGCUCAGAGACCCAGAUUGGGGAGGUAGAGGUCAAAGGUGUUGGGGAAGGGACAGAGUCAGUCCCUUUGCACCAGAUACAUUUACAGAGCAACCUGGUCUCUGGACUAGUCACGAUUGGGGUGAGGUCCGAAUUACCGAUGAAAGACGUGGAAGUCUUGCUCGGUAAUGACAUCGCCGGAGGAAUCGUGUUCCCAGUCGUGAGAUUGACAGGUCAGCCUGCCAGCAUGGAGGCCCCGCCCGCGAUGGUGAAUUUGGCUGAAACAUUUCUGCCAACCUUGUAUGAGACAGGGUGUAGUGAGAUAAGAGGUAGUGAGGGAGCUGGGACGGACGUAGCAGUAGCCAGGAAAGAAUUUGUGCAGACGCAGGAGCGAGACGAGGGGCUGAUGGUUUUUGCCGAGACCGCUCUCUCUGACACAGCCUUGACAAGCUAUUGUGCGGAUGAGGAAGUGCUAAGGAAGAAAGGGAAAUCAAGUACAGCAUCCGCAGAUGAGGAGUGGGGGGUGGUGCAAAAGAGUUACGGGGAUGAGGUUUUUAACAUGGCCCACGAGGUACCCCCCGGUGGACAUUUUGCGGUGCUGGAGGAAACAGUUGGUGGAAUCAUGAAAGAGAUUUACCGGCUGCCCAGGGGGAAAAAUGUUAUUGAUCAUGACCGACGCGAACUGAGACGGUCACCGGCUUUUGAUAUGCUAACAAACCUAGUCGGUGUUAGCGUGGAAAUCCAUGAAGCUAGGGGCCCCUUGAUAAGAGGAAAAAACCAUUUUGAAAAGAUUAGGAUGGGAUCGGUCAGAUGGGAGAAGGCUAUUGUUUUGGCCAGGUCUACUGAUAAGGUCUCUCCCUUAAUCCCCGAAGGAGUAAUUAAACGACUCGCACCCAUGUGUUUGAUUGUCCCGAGGAAAUGCAAAGAACUGGGACGUUGGGUUAUGUCUGUUACAAUAGGGCAGCCAAGCAAACAACACCCAUAUUUUUCGAGUAAUUCAGUGACUAAAGGGCUGAUGAACACAGAGGUGUGUAUUGGCAAUUUAAUACGGCUGUCUGAAGCCAGCGUGAUAGUGAGCCUUGGAAAAAAUGAAUUCGGCCACACGAAUGUCACUUACCUGGGAAUUGUGGUGACACAGGGGCAGCUGGCAGUGAUGCAAGCUACAGUGCAGGCUAUCGCUGACCUCCCAACCCCGACAGACAAGAGGGCCCUCAGAAGGCUUUUGGAGAUGGUGGGGUACUGCAGGAAGUUUUGCAAUAACUCUGCGGUCAAUACCCGUCCCCCUCCUACUAAGCCCUUGCGAGGGAAAAUUGAGUCGGAAUGGGACGACCCUUGUUGUUGUGGUCCGGGACAAAACCAAAUGAGAGGUUACAUUGGUCGCAAUUCAUCAGUGUUUUUGGCCACUAUGAAGUUUGCUGAGUUGGAGCCUGGUCUAAGGGAUUAUUAAUAACACGUGUAAAAGGAACAGAAAAUGUGAUGACUGUCUGUCAAGGUGUUGACAGCUUCAAAUUCUCUGUAUUAGCUAAAUAACUGUUAAAGAUGUAUAUUGUGUAUGUAUCAGAUAAUGUAGUCAUGUUUGUAAUUUUUACCUCCCGGUAAAAAUCCUUAAAGGGGGGAAGUGUUACGAGAAUACACAUAAAAUUAAGAUGUUUGCUGGCCUGGGCUAGCAUCAGUGGCAUCAGCAGUUGGUCUGCCACCUGCCCUCAGGGGAAGGAGAGAUAAGGAACAAUGGAGCAGCGUCUGGAGAUGUGUAAUGAAGGGAUGUGGGAGGAAGAGCUGUCUGGAGCGGCUCCCCCCCCCCCUUUGAAGCCUGAACUGUUUGAAGUGAUGGACAGGCGAUACCCCAGCAGGGGGAUAAAAAGGGACAGGUUCGCUAAGACAGACACACACGCCACCCGAGGUAACGAGACCCUGGAAGCGGUGCGCUUCUCACGAGUGGGUGAGAAGUCCCAGACAACGACAAGGGUGGAAAGGUACGAUCAGCGGGAACCCGGUGUGUGUCCGCCCUUGCCUGGGUGCCGGGUUCACUGCAGAGGAUCGACCGAUCUGGAGGAGGGGUCACAGUCGGUGACCUCAGGUGACAUCACCAAGGACCCGCCCAAAAAGCUGUUUGUGAGCCAUCCUGCUGGUCUGUGAGUGAAGCCGUUCUGAAUGAUGAGUUGUUCCUAUUCUAUCUCUCUCUUCCCCCACAUUGUCCACCGCCAUGGCAACGAUUACUGCGAACUGAACUACUAAACUGGACUGAACUUUGAGUCAUUUUGAAAUUGGUCAUUUACCCCUAGACAACGAUAGAGCUUGAUUGAUGCUGUUAUCUUAAUUCUGUGCACAUGUGCGUUUAUCAUCGCUGAACUGUUGCAUUUAUUAUCCUUUCGAUUAAUGUGUUGCUUGUUUCUUUAAUAAAACUUUCUUAGUUCUAGUACUCCAGACUCCAACUGAGUGAUCCAUUUCUGCUGGUUUGGCAACCCAGUUACGGGGUACGUAACAUAAGAAACAGGUUUAAAGCUCAGGUCUGAGACCCUAUGUUGUCACACAAAGGUGGGGAAGGUGAGGAACAGCUACAGUAGCAUGGCAGUUAGUGUAAUGCUAUUACAGCACCAGCAAUCAGUGAUCGGGGUUUAGUUCUUGCCGCUCUCUGUAAGCAGUUUGUAUAUUCUCCCUGGGACUGCUUGGGUUUCCUCCGGAUGCUCCGGUUUCCUUUC